UUAAAGCCGAAAAGGUAAGAUAGGGAAUCUAUACCCAAAUUAAAAUUCACAAACUCCCGCCCACUUUGCUCUCUUUCCUCACCUUACCCAUUUUCUCUCUCCUACUCCUGCACUCUGUUUCCAUGGCGGGUGACCCUUCAUCUCCUGACCUCCUGUGUUACGAGACUCUUGAUUUCGGUGUGCCGAUCGAAGCUCGUGUCACCGGACUUGACGUUCUUCGUCGCUUUGAAGUUAAUGAUGGGUCAACAAUUCCUAAGCCUGAUGUGUUUACCCCGAUCGAAAGAGACGACAUUGUAUCUCAAUUGAUUCAUAUGGCAGAGACCCUCAAGUUACCUAACACUAGUAUAUUCAAAGCAAUGUACUAUGUUGAUGCUUUUAUAGAGAAAAAGCAUAGGAAAGUCAGAGAACAAAAAAGGCUUCAGUACCUCCUAGUAGCUUGUGUCUUCAUUUCAGGGGGCAGGGACAAUUAUCCUUUCGUAUAUGAUUUCUAUGAUUCUCAUGAUACUGCAUUUGAGGUAGCAUUGGUUAAACAAGAUAUUUUGGAGACAGUGGGUGUGAAGUGUGGAAUCACCUCUUUCGAGGCUUUAUCCCUCAUGAUUGGGGAGGAGGCUUCAAGUGAUAUCCCACUUUUUUUGCUCAAGUUGAGCUUAACUGAUGAUGUUUUUUUCAAGUUUCCCCCAUCCACUAGUCGCUGCGACGGUUAAUUUCCUUGCGAGUACAAUGCCAUCAUCUACAAAAGCAAAGAUUGUGAAUGUCGUUACAAGCUCGGGCUACCAUGCAUUACAAGUGAAAGAAUGUUUUACUUUACUAAUGGACAUUAUGAUGGACAAUGAUAGAGGGAAACUUGUAAAGAAAAGCUGCGAGCCUGGAUCAUAUAUGCCCAGUAACAACUUGAGGACAUAGUCUUAUGUAGAAGAUUUGUUUAGCUGAUUACCCUUGGUUGAUACUUGAUAGAUACACUCUUUACUCUGACAUGAAAAUCUUGAUAGUAUUCCGUAUUCCGUAACAUACUUUGAGUUGGUUAUAUUAAG